AUGCCAAACCUCCCCCCAGCACUCCAAGUCUUCCCAACCCUAACCCGCUUCGCCCUGCGCCCGCGCCGCCUCGCCGAGAUCCCCAUCGGCGGGCCCUCGACGCCCCAGAUCUCCGCCAAGGCCCUCCAGCAGAGCGCCAUCCACCUCUACCACGACCUCGGGGUGCUCGUUUGGGUGGGCUGCUCCGUCGACCAGGUCCGCAGGAUAGGGGAUGUCCUGAAACAGGUUGUUGCUUGGGGAGGACAGGGCGGAUUGGUCGCGAGGCUGGAUGCGUGGGAGGGGGAGGUUAUCAGGCGGAGAGAACCAGAAUUGAUGCAUGGGGAUUUAUAUAAGGCUUUGGAUGAGAAGAGGACUGGGAAUAUCAAGCCUUCGGCGAUACUACGACUUGCAACGACACGCUUCGAAGAGAUCCUCACAGAGAGAAUACCGGAGCUCAAGACCGCAAAGGACAUUGAUAUGCGGGAAACACAAAUUAUCGUUCCGGGGUCACCACCUCCACGCGGAAUCAUCAGCAAAACCGUCGAUGGACCACGGCACCUGCCCAUUGAGUCCUUUACAACCAUCGGCGUAAACCGCAUCAGCGGGCUAACCAUCGGCGAGACACGCUUCUUCACCGUUGGAUCGAGUAAUUACGUGGGAGGAGCAAGAGUAGACUACCUGAUUCUAAAGCACACCAAAAACGACGACUCAAACGAUGCAAAGGACACGAAAGAAGAGGUUGGUGUAACGCCGUACUGGGGCAACGGAAAGCUCAAGCAGCGGAGGAGAGCCAGCGACGAGGCGCAGGGCGCGAUAUUCGAGGACGUGGUGAGCAGGGUGAUGCAGCCGCUGUGGGAUAUCGAGCGGAGUGCUUGGGCGGACAGGGCGGCGGAGUUGGAGGCCAAGAGGCUUGAGGAUAAGGAGAAGAGGAAUUGGGGGGAGAGGAAGAAGACGAGGCCGAGUACUACUGGUACUGUCUAA